CCGAUACGUGAUGCUCCCUUUGUUUUUGACGACUUUCCCGCAUCGAUAAUUAUAUUGGCGUUUAUUGGUCUUGUUGCCUAGGUUUUUUAGGGCGGUUCCGGUGUUCUUUUCUCAUUUACCAUAGAUUCUGGCAUGUUUCUUUUCGGGCUCGCAUUUUUAUAGCGGCGGCGGUAAAAUUGAAGGCUUUGUUCGGCGUUUCCAAAAAAAAUUAAGAGAUGGACAUUUCAGACAACCUCGUCGUCCAGUCGCUCAGCUAUACUCCGAGUCUAUUUUAUUGCACGAUAGAUCUCGUUUCGUCAGCAGCAUCGUUGCUGCUUCAUAUAACAAGCCACGAGUCCUUCCCUUGCCAGGGUUGUGUCUUUAUUCACAUUCAUCGCUCUGACCAGCAUUGGAACUACUUUCGUGCCAUCCACGAUUUCCUCACGAUUCUUACGUUUGUUCGAUUCACGAUUCCCCAUUUGACGCUGGUACGACUCAUCAGCUUUUCGGGUUGUCACACCGGUCUUCUCAGUCGGUGUCGAUAUACCAUAGAUCGAUCCCGAUCAUACAUGUUCCACUUGUGGAUCAUAGGAUAUUCGAGGUCUUUCGCCACGUUUGAGGGUUCUCUGGUGCUAAUUGUUUUCAUUUAUACUUCGGUUGACAUACACAAAAGGGUUACUAGCAGCCGCGAUGGGUGGUAGCAUUUGGAAUGAAAUGAAAAAUUUGGCCUUUCGUUCGCGUUGAUAAUACUCAAGUGUUAUUCUCGUCCUUGGAAAUUGGGACGAAACGGCUGGGGAUGUGUGUUCGGCGACAUUGUCAAAAUGUUUACUCUUAUCGCCAUCAUUACUACCCGUCGUCG